AUGCAGACCAAAGUGGAUCUAAAGCGGGAUUCUUUUGAUACUUUUCUUUUUCAACACAAACUGCACAAACUAUAUACCCAUGGCAUGCUAUGUGAGCAAACAGCUUUGCCCAAGCAAUGUGCAUGCACUUUCUAUAGCUCAUGUUUCCAAUCCUUCAAACUGGGAUCACGAAUGUACCAAUCUCAGUUGCCGCAACCCUGAAGGAUGCUCGCUACCCACAGGUACCGUCCUUUCCACCAGUGACACGCCGCAAGCAAUUUGGAAUGAAGGAUGAAAACCUAGAGGCGAAGGCAGAAAAGAAGAAAGACCGCAAGAGAAAGAGAGGUGAAGGUGAGAAGGGCAAAGCCGACAAGGUUGACCAGAAACGUCGAUCCAAAGCAGCGGCCAAACGUCGAGCCAAUCGAAAGACGGGCCAGAAGAAGGGGAAAGCACUCAGUAGGAGUCCAUCGAAGCAAAGGUUGGGGGUUCUUCGCAGUGGCAAAAAGGCCAAGUCCCCAUCGAAGACUCCAACUGAGCCUGAGGCUAGUGUGGAGCGCACUGAACGCCCAUCAUCGUCAGAGGGGCCACCCAGAUAUUCAAAGACCAAGCCAAGCAAAUCAUCGAAGUCCAAAGCAGCAGCUCCAGUGGAGCCACCGGCAGAGAGUCCAGAGUUGAAAGUGAAGAAGAACACAAAGAAAGUGAAGAAGAACACAAAGAAGACGGCAGAGAGCAAGAAGACGCCGCCAAAGGGCCGCAAGAACAAAGCUUCCCAACCUCAGCAAGAUGAGUACUUUGACCAUUAUGUUGAGUGUGUCAACAAGGUGAUGGAUGAGUGUGAGUCAACAGACUGCGUUCACCCCGGCGCCUUUGAGGGGAAGGUACCGGCAGAUUUCCAAAUUUCAUGCUACUGGACCAGGCAUGCUGUGGGGGGCCAAGGUGAGCAAAGAUCGCCUGGAGACAGCUUCCACUUCAAAGAAGAAUAAG